AUGCCCAGAGGAAAGAAGAGUAAGAUUCGUGCUCGUGAAAAGCGCCGCCAGGUCCAAGAUGAGGCCCAGGAGCUCAAGGAUCUUCACGCCACUGCAACAGAGAAAGGAGAGUCACCUUCCUGCUCUGAUCAAGCUUCUGGAGAUGCUGUUCCCAGCACUUCUGCUGGCCUCCCUCAGAAGUCUCAGGGCAUGGUACCCACACCCUCUGCUGGUAAAGGCAUGGCCCACAGAAGGUCUGAUAAAGGUGCGAAGGGCAAAAGGGGUGAAAAGGGGAACUCUUCUACGGCUCCACCUUCCACUGCAGCCCCAGAGAUUGAUCUUCUAUCAAAGAAGGCAGGCAUGCUGUUGGAGUACAUGAUGCACAGGUACAAAAUCAACCAGCCCAUAAAGAAGGGAGAAAUGCUGAAAGUUGUCAACAAAAGGUUCAAGCAGCAAUUCUCUGAAAUCCUCAAGAAAGCUAUCUAUCACUUAGAUUUGGUUUUUGGCCUUGAGCUAAAAGAACUCCAGCCCAAUGGUCAGUCGUAUAUGGUUGUCAGCAAGCUAGAUUUCCAGGAUGAUGGAAGUAAGAGCAACGAGCUGGGUGUUCCCAACAGGGGCAUUCUGAUCCCUCUCCUGAGUGUGAUCUACUUAUAUGGCUACUGUGCUUCAGAGGAGGAAGUCUGGGAUUUCCUGAAUAUGUUAGGCGUCUAUGAUGGAGUCUCACACAUCAUCUUUGGUGAUAUCAGGAAGCUCAUCACCAAAGAUCUAGUGCAAGAAAAUUACCUGGAGUACCGUCAGGUAGCCGACAGUGACCCUCCACGCUUUGAAUUCCUGUGGGGUCUGCGAGCCUAUACUGAAGCCAGCAUGGUAAAGGUGAUGGAGUUUUUGAAGAACAUCACUGAAAACAUGCCCAGUGUCUACUCAGCUCGUUAUGAAAAGUUUUUGAAGGAAGAAGAAGAAGAGAAAGCCCAGGCUGAAGCUGCAUCCCAGGGCGGCACGAAAAGCAAGUGCAAAGGUCACUCUAAGGGCAAGUCAAGCCAUCCAACUUAG